AUUGCUGACCAUAAGUAUUUAUUAAAACAAUUGCAACAUGAAUAAUUCAUCAUUAGUAAUUAUUCAAACAAUAUCAAGAUAUUUCUAAAUCCAUAACUAUUUUACAAAAUAUUAAUUUUCAAAGACAUGAUGGCUUCAAAAUUGAUUUUUCAAUUCUGUGUAUUUACAGUGUUAUAUAAUUGCUUCACUUGCAGUAUCACGGAUAAUAAAAUUAAGAAAUAUUCACUCAACAAUAUGAGCUUAAAAAAUUCGCAAACUCCAUAUGAACUCAUAGAAAAUCUAAGGAAGCAGGUGUUGGCGAAAGAAAAAGAAUUGAAGAAAGCCGAAGAAAUUAAUAGAAACUUUGAAAAGAUGCUGCAGUUGGUUAAUAUACUGGGACAAGUUGAUUCUUUUUUGACAGACCGUACUAAAGUUUUAAUCAAAAAGAUAGCAAUGCUGGUAGAUGCUGAUGACGGUAAAUUUGAAAGGGAAUUCAAUAAUAAUCACGGAAUCACUAUACAAAAUAAUCAAAUUUAGAAUAAAUUGUAGUAAAGUCAAAAGGUUUUUUGUACACUUUUAUAAGAAAAUAUAAACAUUGAUUAAAAAUUUCAGUACUUUCAUUGUUAUUAACCUUUCUAAUAAGAUCGGUGGUUGUCACUCUGACGUCUGUAAAUUUGUAUAGGAUAUAACUCAAUCUAAAAACUUUUGUUCUCAAUUCUAUUACAAGGGUCGUCGAAAAUAUUUUUGUCCAAACAUUAAGAUGAAAUUGAUGUGUCCUAUUUUUAAAGAAAUUGCAUAAUGUGUUGCCUCCAUUUGGGGGCAUCACUCGUAAACGUAAAUAUAUUUCGCUAAUGAAAAAAGUUUUUAUGUUA